GACACCUCCUUUGUUCAGCACCUGGAGGCAUCAUGUGUCUGGUGUCACGUGUUUCAUUUUUCACAUUGACGGUUGUUGGCGUGUUCCUGGUGUGCUGGAGGAGUGCCUGGGUAGCUUCGUGUGUGUGUCAAGGUGUCUGGAGGUGACAGGAGGCUGUCCGUGUUCUUAAGCUGACUGGUAGAAACAGACUGAGCAGGAACUGAGGGGUGCUUCCAUUUGAGUUCCACAGUGCCAAUAAUCUGCCUGCUCCAGUCAUGCAGCAGAAGCACUGGGCCCAAUCUACUUUCAUACUCACCUGUGUGAGCUGAAGUGCCUUUUCCUGUUUAGCCUAAAUUUGCUGGGCUGGUACUUUUGCAUUGUGUCCCGUUACGGCUCAUAGAAGCUCUGCCCAGUUCCUUUGGAUCAGCUGUGCAUGCAAUGCAAGUGGAGCAACUGCAGGGAAAGGACAUGGUUCUCAUCCUGACAUGCUGAGGGGCUUCAUCCCAGAGGCACCUGGCCGGCCACUGUGACAAACAGCCACCCUUGGACCUGCCCUCUGCUCAGAAUUCUUCCAACAUCCCUUUAAGCAAACUUUGCUUCUCAGCAAUACUGGACUGGGGGCACAUGGGCAUGAGGUGCUGCUGCUGCUCUGGAUGCUGGUUUUGCUGGGGUGUUCGGGGGGGGGGCGUGUUGUGAGGGACUUUCCGGCUUCAAAGCUGAGCUGUCUUUUGGCAAGGGGAGUUGCAACUGUGAUUCUGUGGGGAAAUGUGGUUGAGCUGUUUUCCCGUCACUUUUGCAGUUUAAAUAAGUCCCUGCAGGAUGAUGGUGAUGUAAUGUUGGAGGGCGGGGGAUGCAUGGGCAGGGGGCUUUGCAAGGGUGAGAGGUUAGAAAUCUAGGCUGCUUUAAAAAAGAAGGUGGUCAGCAGCUGCUUCAUGAAAAGUUACUGCUUGGGAAAAAAUGCUUUAUUUUUACUUAAGCGUUAAUUGCAGCUCUUGCUUUUUUCCAAGUCGGCACUGCCUGCUGUCUCAGCCAUACUUGUGUUCUGCUAAUGCAAAGACUGGGAACUAGAAACCAGCAGCGCAGGAAAAGUCAGAAAGGGAUGUUCGCCUCUGGCCCUGCACUAGAGCAGUGAUUUUUUAAGAUUGCAGUGCAGACGGCGUCUUCCGUUCCUUAGAGAAAUGGUUUCAGAAUCACUGCGCUUGUGCUGCCGUGAUUUGAUUGCUCCCUGCUUUGUGAUGCAAUGUUGUGCAAGAGGCCGAGUCUCCUUUUGUUUCUGUUUUUCCACCCUGUGGGUGAGUGGGGCCAUGCUCCCAGUGAUUUGUAUUCCCGGCACGCUCUCAGGUGGUCUGCAGUGGGGCUGCCCCAUGGAUUGGGGCGUGGAGGCUGGGCAUGCAUGCCGUGGCAUUGCAGACUCAUUGAGCAGUAGAGUUGGAAGGGGCCAGGGGGCUGUGGGGUCCAAGCCCUGCUCCGUGCUGGCCUCUCAGAUGCAGGAGAGAAAAAUCCUGGAAUGGUUGGAGACAGAAUGGGGCCCCAUUCCUGCAGCCCUGCCUCCCCCAACCGGGGUGAACGGCUUCAGCCAAGAAUCCAGACCCCGAGCAUGACAGACGGGCUGAUGAGCAAAGCGGCCACCAUGGAGAUACCCAUCCAUGGCAAUGGAGACUCCAGGCGCCUUGCAGAGGACGAUGGUCUGGAGCAGGACCUUCAACAGAUGAUGGUGUCUGGGCCCAAUCUGAACGAGACCAGCAUUGUUUCCGGGGGCUAUGGGGGCACAGCGGAGGGCAUCCUUCCCACCAGCAAUGCCAUCAAAGGCUCUCUUGCACCAUCUCACCCACCCCGGAGACUGCUCAUCUCCCCCAGCCCAUCGGCUGCCAGCCGGAUAGCCAGCCAGGCUGCCGCUGCCGCUGCCCCGGCCUCAGGUUCCGCCGUGCACCCGGUCCGGCCCACCCCGGCCGCGGCAGGAGACGACGCAGCCGCGCGAGGGGUUGCUGUGGAGAAGUUUGACAUUGUCAAGAAAUGGGGCAUCAACACGUACAAGUGCACAAAGCAGUUGCUGUCAGAGCGCUUUGGACGUGGCUCACGCACUGUUGACCUGGAACUGGAGACCCAAAUCGAGCUGCUGCGGGACACCAAGCGGAAGUACGAGGGGGUGCUGGGCCUCGCGCGGGCCCUGACCAGCCACUUCUACAGCCUUGUCCAGACACAGCACGCCCUGGCAGACGCCUUCUCUGACCUCAGCCAGAAGUCCCCUGAGCUCCAGGAGGAGUUUGGGUACAAUGCUGAGACGCAGAAGCUGCUGUGCAAGAACGGGGAGACCCUCCUGGGGGCCGUCAACUUCUUUGUCUCCAGCAUCAACACUCUGGUGAACAAGACGAUGGAGGACACCCUCAUGACUGUCAAGCAGUACGAGGCUGCCAGGCUGGAGUAUGAUGCCUACCGCACAGACCUGGAGGAGCUCAACCUGGGCCCCCGGGACGCCAGCACGCUGUGCCGCUUGGAUGCCGCCCAGGCCAACUUCCAGACCCACCGGGCCAAGUACGAGAAGCUGCGUGCAGACGUGGCUGUCAAGCUGAAGUUCCUGGAGGAGAACAAGGUGAAAGUGAUGCACAAGCAGCUGCUGCUCUUCCACAAUGCCAUCUCGGCUUACUUCGCCGGCAACCAGCAGCAGCUGGAGCAGACGCUGAAGCAGUUCAACAUCAAGCUGAAGAGCCCCGGGGCCGACAAGCCCUCCUGGCUGGAGGAGCCAUGAACUUCCCCCACUGCCCUCGGUGGACCUGAACUCUGGGCGGGGCGGGGCGGCCUGCCUCCUGGCUCACCUGCCCACCUGCUGGAGCAGAGCAGAGUGUGGGGUGCCUGUGCCCUCAGGGCUCUUCAGCCGGAGUAGCGCCUCCCCCUGCCCCCCUGCUUUCUCUGAGGUUGCUCUAGUGCCCUGGGAUGCAGCCCUUCCCCUUCCCAGGCAGCCAGGGGCAGCUGGACCCUCGGCCCCACCUCCCCACCCCCCUUGUGCUGGGGUCCAGCAGGGACAGUCUCCUGUGGGGGGGUAGAGGUACAGCCCCCCCCACUCCCAAAAGAGCCUGGCGUUUUUCAGAGGCUUUGGCGCCCCCUUUCUCCAGGGCUGAGGUGUCCCGCCUCACCCCAAACAUUCCCUGCCCCCUUGCCAGCCAGAUCAGGGAGCAACGGCCCGCCCACCUAGCUGCUUCCUCACCCAGAGGUUCGGGGCUGGGGCCCUCUGGUCUCUCCACAGCCCUCCCCAGCGGAGCCUGGGAAGGCAGCAGGCUUUGAUGUGCUGCUAUGGGAGGGAGGCGAAGCACCUGAGCCGGGCUGGCCCAGGGUGAGGGCCACCAAGGACCAAACGUGGCUGGCUUCCAGGCCUGGGGGGGCCGGCGUGAGGGCAUGCACACAUGCCUGUGUCCCAGCCAGCGUCCCGUCCUGUGUUCCCGGGUGGGGCGGGGCUGCAGGACAGGGGGCCGCCUCUUCUCCCCACUUGGGCCGAGGGGCAGGGCCCGCCCGCGGGCGUUUGUCCAGCCAACACUCCCACCUCCCCAGUCUGUAAAGAUUCCAGAAUAAAUGGUACGAAACGC